CUCUCUCUUUCAGUCAUUUGCUCUUUCCUUCUCUCUCUAAAAAUCUCCACUGAGAGAAACUUCAAUUCGCUUUUCAAUUCGCUUACAGUAGUAAUACUUCACAUUUUCUCAGGAACUUUCCCAUUCAUUUUCUCUAGAAAAAAGAAAAGAAAAGAAAAGAAAAUCUCGAGCGUUGUAGAGGAAUGUGUCAGCCUUAUUUACCAUGUGGUGGGGGGUUGACUGAAACGACACAGUUUAAAAACCCACCUUUACUUAGGAGGUAACAGCAGAUCUCUCUCUCUCCAUCUCGUUUUUAACAAUGCAGAAUGGAAUCUUUAUGCUUCGAGGCUCGUUUUGAAUAUACAAUGGAGGGCCUUUUGUAGUUUUUUUUUUUUUAGUGUAUACAAAUCCUGUCUUUAGUGAAUAGUUGAAGCUAUUUUGGUGUGUUUUGAAGUUGGUUGUUUUUAAAAGGAAUUUUUUUGGGCUGAUUUGAGGGAAAAAGUUUAAGGGUUUUUUUUGUGUUUUUAUGCGAGGUUCAGUUGAGUGAACCUUAGUGGUGGUUGAAGUAUAAAUUUGCUAAAAAGAAGUAUAAUCUUUUUUGAAGCUUCAAGUUUUGUUUGGUGAAUGUGGGUACUAGAAGUGGAGAACUGAAGGGGGUUGUGAUAUUUAAGCGUUUUGUGCUGGUUUGAGCUUCAGUUGUUUGGCUGAAUGGGGGACUCGGUGAAUUCUCUUGGUGGGUUCCGGGUGAUUUGGUUUAAUUUAAGGAGGAUUUGAGGGGAGCUUGGUAAAUUUGGAAAUUUGGGUGGCUUUGAGGGAACAAGGUGAAGAUCUCUUGGAAAACUGUGUUAAAUUAAAGGUGUUUGGAACAAUGUCUGGAGCUCCAAGAGUGAAGUCAAUGAAUGUGACUGACUCUGAGGCCAGGUCUGUGUUAGGACCUACUGGAAAUAAUAAGGCAGGACCAUUGAGUGCGCGGAAACCUGCUUCAAAACAAUUGAGGAAGGUUGAGAAAUCAGCGGAGGAGGUUAGAUUAGGGGAAGAGAAGAAAACCCUUAUAGUGCCCGCUGUCGGUACUUUAUCCCCUAAAUCACAUUCUCUCAAUAUUUCUUCAGUGCUUCUCCGCCAUGAGCUGUUAUUGCAUUCCAAUUUGUCACUAAAUGCUUCUUGUUCAUCUGAUGCUUCCACUGAUUCAUUUCAUAGCCGAGCAUCUACUGGGAGGUUGACUCGGUCAAAUAGUGCAGGGACUAGAAAGAAGCAGUAUGUUUCAAGGCCAAGAAGUUUUGUUUCUGAAGGGGGUUUAGAAUCUCCACCAUCUCCUAAUGAUUCACAGUCCAAGAAAAGUUGUGCCUGGGUGACACCAAAUACGGAUCCAUGUUACGCCACUUUCCAUGAUGAAGAAUGGGGAGUUCCCAUACAUGAUGACAGGAAGUUGUUUGAGCUUCUUGUCCUUUCAGGUGCUUUGGCUGAACUUACUUGGCCUGCUAUUCUAAGCAAAAGGCACAUUUUUAGGGAAGUUUUUGCAGAUUUUGAUCCAGUUGCAGUCUCAAAAUUUAAUGAGAAGAAGAUUAUUGCACCUGGAAGCACUGCAACCUCCCUAUUAUCAGAACUUAAGCUCCGUGCUAUCAUUGAGAAUGCACGCCAAAUAUCUAAGGUCAUUGAUGAGUUUGGGUCAUUUGACAAGUAUAUUUGGAGCUUUGUGAACUUCAAGCCUAUAGUUAGCAGAUUCCGGUAUCCUCGACAGGUUCCCGUGAAAACUCCCAAAGCAGAUGCAAUUAGCAAGGACCUUGUAAGAAGAGGAUUCCGCAGUGUGGGGCCCACAGUCAUCUACUCAUUCAUGCAGGUGGCAGGGAUAACAAAUGAUCAUCUCAUUAGUUGCUUCAGAUUCCAGGAGUGUUUAGACGCUGCAGAAGGGAAGGGAGAAAAUGGCAUCAAGUCUGAAGAUAUAAAAACCAACGACGUCAUGGAAUCGAAAAUAUCCAUAGCUAUUGAUGAAUUGAGUUUCUCCUCAGAAUGACACUGGCGGCACAUGGAGCUCCAGGUUCAGUGACUAGUUUGCCCUAGUGACUGAUUCUCAGCUGCUCGUCAGGUAGCUGUGGAGAUGUCUUUUUUGUAUAAAUCUUAAUGAAUUCUUAUGCAUGCUACGGAUUCUUAGAUUGUAGAUUACUAAAAACGAAUUGAAUUCACUGAUGAUUGUGCUGUAGAUGUGACCUGUUCGAGUGAAGCCAUGAAAAUUAAUGUUGAUUUUUUGUACAGUAAAAAUAGCCAGUAAUUACAAUAUCUCCACUUGAUCCCA